AUGUCGUUUGCCUGCUGUGUCCAUAGCUACCGGUCAAUUGACAACACCCUGGGUUUGAUGAGCAUAGUGGUGGGACCCAGCGCAGUGGAUCACAUUUGUGAAAAUCGCAAGAUUUUGGUGAACGGCUCUCUGUUUGUGGGCAACAGUCCUGACUUUGACUGCUCUGACAGCAGAAGGCCUGACACAACUGUCUCCAGUUACAAGAUCAGUAAUCAGGCAAGAUCCAUAGGUCAGAGCAAAGACUGGAGCUCCUCUUUUGGUAAGGUCGCUGGAAUGAUGUUUGGUAACUUCCAUGAAGGAGAUAACGAAGCCCCAAGAAAAAAGUGGACUAACAGCAUGGCCUAUCCAGCUGUGUGUGGUCACACUGAAGCUACAGGGAACACCUUUGCUCACUUUGGUACCAAGUGUGGUUCAAAUAAGCCCAGCUUUGCCAUCACUGACACAUUCAACAAUGAGGACCUCCUGCAUCCUUUGAUUAUGUCACAAACAACAACAGUGUCAGUGGAUGUAGGCCACCAUGUUUACUAUGGAGAACCAAAUCUAGAGGCGGUGAACCCAGCUGACUGCGUUGACCUGAUCUGCGAUGCUCAAAAGAAUCUCCUAUUGAAAGACACUGAUAAUGGCUUCGUAGGCGGCACUGGGUCUUUUGGCGCCAUUGUUCCAAAUUCAUCCUGGGAAUGGGACGGCAACCCUGUAGUCGGCCUUGGUGAUUAUCGUAUCCCCAAGACACUUUUGACGGCGCUGGACGGCUCACGAAUCCCAGUUAAUCAGAUAGCUCCACACAAGGGAAUAUCGGGAGUGGAGACGGGCAACUGCACGUACAAUUCUGUGAUGCGAGCAUUCACGUGUCAUGACAUCGACUACCAGUUCUUAAUUAUGGAGAGCAUGGACGCUGACUUUGAGACCAGAAGACUGUCCCCCGUGGCGUUACUUGGCGGGGGCUACCUUGACCUGUACAAUGGGCCACAGGACCACGGCUGGUGUGCUGGGUACACGUGUCAGAAGCGUUUGUCUACUUUCCAUGCUAUUGUGGCCAUGGGCUUACACUAUGAAGUCCAUUUCACCAGUACUUCCCCCCAGUCACUUCGCCUACGGAUCAUGAACAGCAAACCUACGGAUGUGGUGCGUUUGGCUAUUCACUACCAGAAGCCAGAACGGCUGCUCGUAAAUUCCAACGGGGUUUACAAACGACCAACCAAUGCACGGUAUGACUCCAAGGAUCGUGAGAUCACACUGAAUCCUACCUAUACCGGAGAGUUUUACCCAAGCAUUGCCGAUGGAGAAAGUGGGGAUAACUUUUUUGAGGAAGGUCCUAAAUUGCUGUAUGUUCUUCUUAAAGGGGACGCUGUCAUUGAUAUUGAAACAUCUCAGUUUAUCAUGCUGACUGUCGGUGCUUCACAAGUGCCUCUGCCAGUACCGGACUUCUUUGGUGCCCAGAUUGUCAGCAACAUAGCAUCUUUCCUGAACAUACCACAGGACAAAGUCCGCAUAGCCAACAUUGUUGCAGAAAGCAAGAAACGCAGAAAACGCUCUACAACCGGUGAGGUCAUUUUCGAUAUCGAAAUUGGAGACUUCAUGACCAACGGAACCACAAAUACUACGGAGAUGAAAGUAACGCCAUACAGCCAGCUCACCAACCUGACAGCCACCUUGUACAACGCAGUGCAGCUGGGGACGUUUGGAGAUGCCAUCAACCUCACCGUUCUUAACGUCUCUGUGAAAGAGCCUCUGCCACCUUCUGAUGAUCCAGUAUGGCAACAGGUUCUGAAUUCUACGGAAUUGACCUCCCCGAUACAGAUUCCAUCCAGGCUUGAAAUGGUGACAGAGCUCGUGCCUUUGCAUGAGGGGACGGGCUUCACGACGCAGCCUGUAAUUAGGAUGCUGGACAGCAAUGGUGAUGUAGUUCAACAACUUGGUACGGUGGCAUUGCCAUGGCAAGUGACAGCCACGGUGCGUUCUGGUACGGGAGACGCCAGAGGGACCACCAUCAACAACGUCACUGUUCCCUACACUGGUGGCUCAACCACGUUCACACACCUUGGUGUAUCUCACAGUGGAAGUGAUUACGUCAUUGACUUCGUCAUUACAUACCCACCUGAGGCAAGCAGGUACACCAUCUCCUCUGCUACCUUCUCCGUGGCCGAGCGUCCACUGAAGGCAGCAGUGUCAGCUCAGUCUUCUAACACCACUAGCGGUCAGCCAGGGUCAUUUACAGUGGACAUUAGAGAUAAUGUCACAGAUGAGGUGGUCACUGACAUUGCCUGGAAGGGUCAUACAUGGCAGGCGCAAGCCUCCAUCCACAUGCCGACCACAUUCCCAGCCACACUUUCUGGAACCACACAGAGCAAGUUUAAUGCCUCAGAUAAUGGCCAAACCCAGAUGGACGAUAUCAUUCUGACUACCACCAGCCAAUGUCCAGUCAACGCCUUCGUGUCAUUCCGUGUGUGGUCUGCUCCUGCUGACUUUGAUUUGACAGCCGUCAGUCAAGCAGUGAUCGUGUAUCCUAGCAACUAUUCCAUGCCAAGUGAGGAUGUGAACAGGAGUGUGUCCAUUACCUGGAAUGGUGACUACGACAACAUGGCCGCCGGGAAGGAGACACAGGUUCAGGGCCUGGUGUGGAAUCACAUUAUGACCAACUGCCCUAGGGUCAUCCUGUCUGACUUUAAUAUCACCAGUGGAAGCAUUAUCACCAGUUUUGUGAUGACCGGUGGGGCAGCUGAUGUCGACUCCACCCUGGUCAGCCUGUGGGACAGUCUGAAGAAUGGACUGACCUUGACCUUGGGCAGUGAGAGUAUGACCAGUUCUGAUGUGAUGUACGUGGACUCUGUCAGAUACUAUGGAUUGGAUGGUCCACCUUCAGUGGAAACUGCUACAGGUAGACCCCUUCCAGUUUGGGCCAUUGUGCUCAUUGUGGUCAUUCCGGUUCUUCUGGCCAUUCUGCUGGUCGGACUGCUCACAUGGAAGUUCAAGUACCACAAAGAAAAAAUGCGUGUGCAUCAUUCAAAUCCGGACUUCCAGAAGUACAACCAAACUUUGAUCACUGGGGUUCCUCCAAUGGCUACGCAAUGGGACAAAGGCAAAGACAAGAAACCGUACAACGGCGACAUUGAACGCAAGGACAGUCUUGUGGUCACUCGCGUCGUCCACACUCCGCUGUCACUGGAGAUCAAGGAUGACAUCACCAACAUCAGCAGGGAUUCCAGCGCCGCCAACCUUAUGGUACCUUCCAGCGGAAGACAGAGCCGUGGCAGCAGCAUCAGUGGCAGCGCUGGUCCCAAUGCUUCUGACAGCACCAGGUCGUCCACGCCUGCCAGCAUUACCAUGCCCAAUGAACCAGAUGAAACUUAUUGAUUGCCAUCCCCUUUUUGAAGCAUUGGAACUAUGAUUUCUUUGAUAAAGACUGUUGUAUUCGGUAUUUUUCAAUUAAUUGAUUGACAUGUUGUCCUAUAGAAACGCUGUUUUGUAAUAGGGAGUUAUGUUCUAAUUUGAUCCUGGUGAUGAUGAAAUUUGCUAAGAAUUGUCAUAUAAUAUCUUGAAGGGACAAUAUCUCUGAACUGAUUUAUUACACAAUUUGGUCUCAAAUCAGUCUUUUGAAUUAUGAGAUGGCAUUUGUAAAUUAAGUACUGAUCCGUGAUUUUUCUGUGAUAUGAUAUAAUAUGAUUUGAUAUAUUUAACCAAGAUUUUUGAUUCACAAAGUAACGAUCCUUUUUGCUACACUGUGAUAUUGGUACUGUAUGUAUUGCUGUUUUUCCGUCCACAGUCUUCUAGUCUGGUGUCUAGAAUAACAGGAAAUGGCCCUUCCAUUAGAUUCUGUUUGGUACAAUGCAGCAUUCUUUACUUGCUCCACUUUCGUCCAUUCGCUUUUAAUCGAAUUUAAAAUGAUUUUUUGCACGUAGAAGAACCAACAGCUUGCUCUCCUGUUUCAUUGAUUUUUGAAAGCAGUUUUGAAUGUAUUGUGAUAUUUUUGUGUAUCUCAAAGUUUUCACCAACUCAAAUAUGCCAUGGCACAGGUGUCUUAGAAAGAAUCCGUCCCCGUUUUUUGCCAAUUAAAUAUGCCAUAACAAUUUUUUUCUCUUGACUACCGUCCAAACACAUUUUCAUACACUUCUGUUGCGUUUUAAGAUCUCUGUAAUGUGAAUAUACCAUAGCACAAUUUUUGUUUUUGAUUAAAGCAUGUACUUUUAUCCACUUAUUAGUAAUUUAUAAUCACACGAGGGUUUUGUUUAUAUUUAAUUUUUACACCAUGAUUUGACAUAUGCUCACUACUACCAAGAUGGCUAUUGACUUUUGAUUGAGUUAUACAUUGUUGAAUGCGGCUAUUAUGUACCCCUUGAUGCUUGUUUUGCCACUGCAACAGUAAGCUUUUCUUGCACGGCUUAGUCUGUACUUAACACGUACACCUAUUUUGCCAAAAAGAUUUUGUCCGUCUUUAUUUAUAGUCUGUGAUCGUUUGUAUUUUACAAACUUCAUUUUUUCUUAAGACGUCCAUUCCAUGAGAAAUGUGCCAUUUGCCAUUUUAUAUGUACCAUAGAAGUGUUACUUUGCUUUACUUUGCACAAUGUCGGUUUUUGGUAUUUUCCAUUCCUCCGCAGACGGGAGAGGAAGACAAAUUCGCUACUGUUUUUCGACGGUGGCUGAUUUAACGUAACCUGACUUUAGAGAACAAACAGGACCAGCUUCAGCCACAUUGUCAAUUCCCGUUGAAUUAUUUACAACUAUUUUCUGCAGAAAUGUACACCUUUAAAUACAUUGCGCAGCUUUUAGAAGUUGAAGUAAGAGACACCGGAAAUAACAAUGAAAAGUGCACCACAUUACUAUAUUUUUUCUAUUUGUUGUUAAUUCUUACAUUUUGAUUUGAGUAUUUUGCUGUCAAUUGACACGCGUGUUGUGUAUACAUGUAGUUCAACGUUUUUGUCUAUCGUCACCUGCUUGAUAGUAAAAUAAAGAUUUAAAAAACCCAAAA